AACUCUUCUGUGCCUCUUUUGGAAAAGUGCAAGUGGUACGCAUUACCAGGAACAUUAAUUAUGAAGGGAGGGAACAGGAGUUCCAAUAGCUGUUCCCAAUGGGAGUCUUAAGGACACCUGCAGGAAGCCACCUGCAGACACCCGGGGACACUGGGCGGUUUCUCCUGUCUCCACCCGCUGAAGUACACUCUGGAGAAGCUAGCUAGCUCCUAUCUCCACGCAGAAGAAGAUCCGCGGCGCUCGCAGAUCUGGUCCAAGGGUCCCGGCGCUUCUGGAGAGCCGCGGAGGCCAGGCGAACAGCAGCUGAGCUGGGGACCCGGGGGCGAGCGCGUGCGGAGCCUUUCCAGGCGAAACGCAGCGCACAGCGCCCGGGCGGUGCCCAGCAUGGAGUGGGAGCUGAAUUUGCUGCUCUACCUGGCGCUCUUCUUCUUCCUGCUCUUCCUCCUGUUCCUUCUGCUCUUCGUGGUCAUCAAGCAGCUGAAGAACUCGGUGGCCAACACAGCCGGGACGCUGCAGCCCGGGCGUCUGUCACUGCACCGGGAACCGUGGGGUUUCAAUAACGAGCAAGCGGUGUGACCAGCACUGAGCUGGUCUCAGCUCCGCAGGGAUUCAGAUCUGCGUCACCCGGACCCAGGCUGGUGCCCUUGACUGGGUGGCGCCCAGGAUCAAACUCCGACCACAGCCCUGCAAAGUUGGACAGUGGGUGGUGGAAAUCUUCUUGAGAAAGGCCAUCCCUUUCAUAUAUGGAGGAAGGCACUCUGUGCUCAGAAAUGCUACCUCUCUUCCUGCAACUCCACUGUCAACCCAGGAAUAUCCUGGGAGAUCGCCACUGGCGCUGCUUCUACUCACAGCCUACGUACUGGCCAGCAGAGGGGGAAGAAACACUUCCCACACCCAGAGCUGUGCAAAAGAACUUUCUGUGAUGUGGAACUGUUCUAUAUCUGUGGUGCCCAACGCGGCAACUGCUAGUCACAUGUGUCUAGUACACACUGAAAUAUGGCUAGCGGGGCUUACAUCUCGUUUCAUUUCACCCGAGACAGCCACAUGGAGAUGGUGGAUUUAUAUGCACUGUUCGUACCAUUUCCUUGUGUGUGUGUUUUAGAGUCAGAAGGGGAGGAGGCAACUGGUCGUGUGCUCCACACCCCGUGGGCUUCACUGCUCUUCUUGCAUUGAGUUUGUCUCCUUAAGGAAAAAGAAAAUUAGUAUGUUGGAACUAAAUUGAAAAUGUUAUUAUCUACCUAUUGCAUGUCUUCUUGUACCAAAUGGGGUAGGUUUUAGUGACACGUGAUCAUGGAAAAAAUGGCAGGGCUGAUCCACCACAUCCCCACGACCCCAGUCUGUGUUCCAGACAGAGGUCAUUUUUUUUCAAAGACUUAUUUGUUUCUUAGGUAAACAGUAUUCUGCCUCUAUGUCUGCCUGCACACCGGAAGGGGGCUUCAGAUCUCAUUACAGAUGGUUGUGAGCCACCAUAUGGUUGCU